UCAAAAGCAAACCAAGUCAAAACAAUUGACGUUUUGUGAAUUUUAUGAUUUGUAAUUUUUGUUAGAAAUUAGAAUAAAGUAAAUGUACCUAUUUAGCUUUAUAUGCUUGCAAUUUAUUAUAGCUUAAGCCAUGGCAGAUCAGUCAUCAAUUUUGGCGCUUUUUAUCUUAGCGGUCGGUGUGACCGUUCACUUUUCAUUGCAUAAAGUUGAGGAAGGACAUCUAGGGGUUUACUAUAGGGGUGGGGCAUUACUUCCAGUAACAAGUCAGCCUGGUUUUCAUAUGAUGGUACCUUUACUUACAUCUUUUAAAGCAAUACAGACAACUCUUCAAACUGAUGAAGUAAAAAAUGUACCCUGUGGUACAAGUGGAGGUGUAAUGAUAUAUUUUGAAAGGAUAGAAGUUGUGAACAAAUUGGAACCCAGCAGUGUACUGGAUGUAGUUCGUAACUUCACAGCAGAUUAUGACAAGACCCUAAUAUUCAACAAGGUGCACCAUGAGCUAAAUCAGUUCUGCAGUGCACACACAUUGCAUGAGGUGUACAUUGAUUUGUUUGAUCAAAUUGACGAAAAUUUAAGAACUGCUCUACAAAAUGAUCUCAAUGAAAUGGCCCCUGGUUUGAAAGUACAAGCUGUAAGAGUUACAAAACCCAAGAUACCAGAGGCAAUUAGGAAAAACUAUGAGUUGAUGGAGGCAGAGAAAUCAAAACUGCUCAUUGCAGCCCAGCACCAAAAGGUUGUUGAAAAAGAAGCUGAAACAGCUCGACGUAAAGCCAUCAUAGAGGCAGAAAAGGAGGCACAAGUUGCAAAAAUCCAGUACGAACAAAAGAUCAUGGAAAAAGAAUCUCUACAAAAGAUUGAACUCAUAGAAGAUAGUAUUCAUAAGGCUAAGCAGCAGACAAAGGCUGAGGCGGAAUAUUAUAAUCUCAAGAAGCAAGCAGAAGCCAACAAAAUGUUACUGACUAAAGAAUAUUUAGAGUUGAAGAAAUAUGAAGCUCUCGCUGUCAAUAACAAGAUAUACUUUGGCAGUGAUAUUCCUAACAUGUUUUUGCAAGCCAAUGUUGGUGAAACGAACCUCCCCAAAAGUGCUAUAGUUGAAUGAGUAAUACUUAUUCUACCUAAAUAUGAACUAGUCAUUGAAUAGUGCUGACACUGAGACUUUAGUGGUUUGAUCUUACUGUGAAGGUAGUAAGAGUAUGAAGUACAUAUUAAUUAUUAUUAUUUCUAAAGUUGUUGAGAUUCUGUUUUGAAUUUAACUGUAUAUAAUGUGGACAAUCAUUUACAAUAAUGUAUUUAUAAUCAUGUGGGGUUUGUUUUUAAUUUGCUAGUGUUCAUGGUAAAUAUAAGAAUCUAUGUUAUAUUGUAAAUAGCUUUUUUUACUGUUAUGUAAUAAAACAACACAUUAAAUAAGA